CGUCCAGCGCAUGCGCAGUGACGGAACCGAGUCGGGGCCGGACGUGCUCGAUAUUUUCCGAGUAAGGACGGACGCGCCCGAGCGCUGCUGGACCUCACCUCCAGGUCUCGAGCCGCAACCCGAAAGCUCCCGAGGAGUGACGGAAAGUCCCGAAGCCCACUUCCUGGUGCGCGAUGGCGCCGGCGCAGACCGAAACGAGGCCGGAAAGACCCGAAGAGCCGAGGCGGGGACUUCCGGGUGGGCGAAGGCUGCCGAGCGGCUCCGAAAAGAACCGAAGGCCCUGAUGCUUGAGAACCUCCAGAAGCACUCAACCCUGCACGCCACCUUCCAGCCCAACUCCCAGAGCAAGGGAUGGAACGCAGGCAUCCUGCCUCCUCACCCUCUCAUCUCCCUGCAGAUCGGCGAGGAAAUGAGCCAGAACAGCUUCAUCAAGCAAUACCUGGAGAAGCAGCAUGAACUGCUGCAGCAGCGGCUGCAGAGGGAGGCACGGGAGGCAGCUGAACUGGAGGCCUCUGGGAAGAGCUACCCCAUCUCCCGGGAGAGAAACGACUCUGACGAGGAGGGGACCAGGAGGCAGGAGCGCCGCUCCACCCGGGUCAGGCAGGCCAGAGCCACCAAGCCCCCGGAGGGCACCCAGGCCAUGGGGCCAGAGGAGCGGGAGGCGCCCCCUAGGGGCCGGAGGAGCGUGCCACGGCCCACCCUGAAGCUGGAGGAGGAGGAGGACGAGGAGGAGGAAGACGAGGAGGAAGAGGAGGACGAGGAGGAGGAGGAGGACGAGGAGGAGGAGGAGGAAGCAAAGGCUCUGGAGGGGAAGGAGGCUUCUCGGGGGAUGGGGGAAGCCUGGGCCCCAGGCCCUCAGGCGAGCAGCUCACCCCAGGAAAUCAGGGGGUCCUGGCAGGAGAAGGGGGGGCUUAUGGUCCCAGCACCCCAACAGACAGGAGUGCCCAGAUCCCCAGCACCCCAGGAAGUGGGAGGGGGCCGAUCUCCGGCACCCCAGGAAGUGCGGUGGCCUGAGGCCCAGGGAAUGGGGGGCCCCAGAUCACCAGGGCCCCAAGAAAGGGGGUCAGCCCAGGCCCUGGAGCCCCAGGAGACAGAGGGGCCCAGAGCUCCCGAGCCCCAGGAAAGGGGGGUGACCGGGACCUUGGAAUCCCAGGGAAGUGGGACAGUUGUGACUCCAGCCCCCGAGGAGAAGGGGGAGCCCAGCCUGCCAGACCCCCAGGAAAAGGGGGAGCCCAGCCUAAUGGCCCCCCAGAAGAAGGAGGAGCCCAGCCUGCCAGCUCCCCACGAGAAGGGGGAGCCCAGCCUGCCAGACCCCCAGGAAAAGGGGAAGUCCAGCCCAACAGCCCCCCACGAGAAGGGGGAUCCCAGCCUACUGGCCCCCCAUGAGACGGAGGAACCCAGCCCACCAGCCCCCCAGGCAAAGGCGGAGGCCAGCCCGCCGGCCCACCAGGAGAAGGGGCAGCCCAGCCCAACGGCUCCCCUGCUGCAGGAUUCCUCAGAGAAGAAGGGAGUGGCUGGACUCCAGGAAGACAUGGGGGUCCCCCAGGAGGAGGCAGAGGAGCCCCCUGAGAUCUCACAAGAAGAGGGGGUGGCUGCAACCGCCAGCUCCCCAGCCCCUCCCCAGCUGACAGAAGGGGAGGCACCAAUGGCCCCCCCUGAGGAGGAUGAGCCCCCUCCCCCACUGCUGACCAAGGAGGCCCCCCCCAGUCAGAAAAGGCCGUCAGGGACCCACCCAGCAUCACCUUCCCCUCCCCCCCAGUGCCGGCGGAGGGGUGGGUCCAACUCAGACUCCGACUCAGACUCCACUUCCUCCGGAUCCCGCUCCAGCCGUUCCGAGUCGCCCACCGGGAAGCACGAGGCCUCACGCUCCAGCUCCAGCAGCAGCAGAAAGUCGCGCAGCCCUGACGCCUCACGGGCCGGCCCCAGCUCCCCACGCACCAAAGAGCCCUCCCCAGCAAGACAGCAGGAGGCGCUGGAGAGUCCCAUGGCAGAGGGCAGACCGGCCACCUCGCCCCCGCCGGCCCCCCAGAGACGCCCCAGCCACGGGCACCGGCACAGCCCGUUGUCGCAGCAGGGCGGCUCAGAGACCCCAGGGGGCCCAGCCAGGGUAGUGCCCACGGGGGACCCGCCGCGCCAGGCAGAGCAGAGGCAGCGUGCGAGUAGCCAGGAGGAGAAGGAGGAGGUGCCUAUGGAGUUGGAGCCCCGCCAGGCUGGCACUAGCCCCCCGACCGGCCCCCUUGCUCAGCCCCCCGGCCCCGACGAGCUCCCCGACAGGGGGCCCGAGGACGAGGAGAAGAAAGAGGUCACGGUGCAGCACAAGGCCUUCAAGAGGAAGAUCUCCGUCGUGUCAGCGGCCAAGGGGGCAGCGGCAGGGAACAGUGACACGGAGGGCGGCCAGUCGGGGGGGCGCAAGCGGCGCUGGGGGUCCAGCACGGCUGCCACCCAGAAGAAGCCGUCCAUCAGCAUCACCACCGAGUCGCUUAAGAGCCUGAUCCCUGAGAUGAAGCCGGUGGUGGGGCAGGAGGCGGUGGUGGAUCUGCAUGCCGACGACUCCCGCAUUUCAGAGGAUGAGGGAGAGCGCCAUGGGGAGCCGCCGGCCCACGAGAAGGGGCUGAAGAUCUGCCGGACCGUCACACAGGUGGUGCCAGCCGAGGGGCAGGAGAAUGGGCAGGGCGAGGAGGAAGAAGAGGAGGAGAAGGAGCCAGAGGAAGAGCAGCCCGAAGCCCCUCAGGUCACAGCAGAGGUGCCGUUACCCCCACCUGUGGAGCACGAAGUCAAGAAAGUGACACUCAGCGACACCCUGACGCGCCGCUCCAUCAGCCAGCAGCGCUCGGGCGUCUCCAUCACCAUCGACGACCCCGUGCGCACGGCCCAGCUCCCGUCACCCCCCCGCGCCAAGCCCAGCCCCAUCGUGCACAUCUGCAACCUGGUGCGGCCCUUCACGCUGGGCCAGUUGAAGGAGCUGCUGGGCCGGACGGGGACGCUGGUGGAAGAAGCCUUCUGGAUCGACAAGAUCAAAUCGCACUGCUACGUCACGUACUCCACGGUGGAGGAGGCGGUGCUGACUCGCAACGCCCUGCACGGGGUGAAAUGGCCCCAAUCUAACCCCAAGUUCCUGUGCGCUGACUUCGCCGAGCAGGACGAGCUGGACUUCCACCGGGGGCUGCUGCCCGAACGGGCGGUGGAGGCAGCUGCGGCCCCAGGGCCCGGGCCGGCCGGUGGGCGUGGGGGCCGGCGCUCAGCCCCCCGGGAGCCGGAGCGGGCCGUGCGGGAGCAGUGGGCGGAGCGGGAGCGGGAGAUGGAGCGGCGGGAGCGCACGCGGGCCGAGCGCGAGUGGGACCGUGACAAGGUGCGCGAGGGGCCCCGCUCCCGUUCCCGCGAGCACCGCCGCAAGGAGCCGCCCAAGGCCAAGGAGAAGAAGGGCGAGAAGAAAGAGAAGCCCCCGGAGGAGCCCCCCGCCAAGCUGCUGGACGAUCUCUUCCGCAAGACCAAGGCCGCCCCCUGCAUCUACUGGCUGCCUUUGACCGACACCCAGUUCGUGCAGAAGCAGGCAGAGCGGGCAGCCCGGGCGCGGGAGCGGGAGCGGCGCCGCAAGGAGCUGGAGGAGGAGGAGUUGCGCCAGCGGGAGCGGAGCCGCCAGGCUGAGCGGGAGAAGCGCCGGGAGCACAGCCGGGAGCGGGGGGCUGGGGGUGCCCCAGGGGCGGCAGGCGGCGCCGAGCGGGGAGGCCGGGAGCGCCGCGAGGCCAAGAGGCACAGCCGGAGCCGGAGCCGCAGCACCCCGGUGAGGGACCGCGGGGGGCGCCGCUGAGCCUCCGUUGGGCAGCUGUGGGGGAGGCGGGCCCAGCCCUCCAUGGGGUCACCCCAGGCUCUGCCGGGGGCUGCUGGGUUAUUGAGUUGGAUAAUUCUGCCCCCCCCACCCUCUGAGGCAGAUCCCCCCCCGUUAAUUUGUAUUUUAUUUUGGGACAAAUGUGUUUUUUUUAUUCUGCUGUUGCUGGGAAUCGAGAGGAAUAAAAGCCGGAGUUAGUUUCAUA